CUUGUUAGGCGGAAUGAUGGUGACAGACAGAUGCUUUUGAGGCAGACCCAGGGGAAGACGAGGCGGCAGGCGGCGCGUGGGCCGGCCUACAUGUUCAGCGCACGCUCCAACAGUCUCUCUGUGAUGGAGGAGCGCUUCCUGGAGGCGGCCGAGUACGGCAACAUCCCCGUGGUGCGCAAGAUGCUGGAGGAGCUGCCCGAGCUCAACUUCAACUGUGUGGACUACAUGGGCCAGAAUGCACUGCAGCUGGCCGUGGCCAAUGAGCACCUGGAGGUAACAGAACUCCUGCUGAAGAAGGACAACCUGGCCCGGAUAGGGGACGCGCUUCUGCUGGCCAUCAGCAAAGGCUACAUCCGGAUUGUGGAGGCCAUCCUGGGCCACCGGGCCUUCGCCGAUACCAAGUGGCUGACGGCGAGCCCCAGCCAGGCCGAGAUGCACAGCGACUUCUUCGCUUACGACGAGGACGGGACGCGUUUCUCGCACGACAUCACCCCCAUACUGCUGGCCUCCCACUGCCACGAGUACGAGAUUGUGCACAUCUUGCUGGGCAAGGGCGCUCGCAUCGAGCGGCCGCAUGACUACUUCUGCAAAUGCAAUACCUGCAGCUACCACCAGAAGCAUGACUCCUUCAGCCACUCGCGUUCUCGCAUCAACGCCUACAAGGGUCUGGCCAGUCCGGCUUACCUGUCUCUCUCCAGUGAAGACCCUGUGCUGGCUGCUUUGGAACUUAGCAAUGAGCUAGCUGUACUGGCAAACAUUGAGAAGGAAUUCAAGAAUGAUUAUAUGAAACUCUCUAUGCAAUGCAAAGAUUUUGUGGUGGGACUUUUGGACUUGUGUCGGAACACGGAAGAGGUGGAAGCCAUUCUGAAUGGUGAUGUUGAUGCAAGUAAGGGCUCUCAGCUGUUGGACGGAUCCAGUCGACCCAGCCUUAUUCGCUUAAAACUAGCCUUAAAAUAUGAAAUGAAAAAGUUUGUAGCUCAUCCCAACUGUCAGCAGCAGCUCCUCUCUAUUUGGUACGAGAACCUGUCUGGAUUGCGACAGCAAACCACAGCAGUCAAGUUCCUGGUGGUCCUGGGUGUGGCCAUGGGGCUGCCCCUCCUGGCCCUCGUGUACUGGAUAGCGCCCUGUAGCAAGCUGGGGAAGAUAAUGCGUGGUCCCUUUAUGAAAUUCGUGGCCCAUGCUGCCUCCUUCACUAUUUUUCUUGGCCUGCUUGUCAUGAACGCAGCAGACCGUUUCAAGGGCACGACGUUGCUACCCAAUAUGACGACCCAUGACCACCCACUGCAGCUGUUUCGCAUGAAGACCACCCCCUUCACCUGGAUGGAGAUGCUCAUCAUUUCCUGGGUCAUAGGCAUGAUCUGGGCAGAAUGCAAGGAGAUCUGGUCUGAGGGUCCUCGAGAGUACAUGCUGGAACCCUGGAACCUGCUGGACUUUGGAAUGCUGGCAAUAUUUGUGACAUCCUUCAUUGCAAGAUUCAUGGCCUUCUGGCAUGCUUACUUAGCACAGAGCUAUGUCGACAAGCACUACACAGACUUAUCAAACAUAACUCUGCCCUUUGAGAUAGAAUACUACCGUCUGGCCCGCGUCAAGUGGCUGCCUUCCGACCCUCAGCUUAUAUCAGAAGGCCUUUACGCCAUUGCCGUCGUUCUGAGUUUCUCUCGCAUUGCGUACAUCCUCCCUGCCAACGAGAGUUUCGGGCCCCUGCAGAUUUCACUGGGGAGGACAGUGAAAGAUAUCUUCAAGUUCAUGGUGAUUUUCAUCAUGGUUUUUGUUGCCUUCAUGAUCGGAAUGUUUAACCUCUACUCAUACUACCUGGGAGCCAAGCAGAACGAUGCCUUUACAACAGUUGAAGAAAGCUUUAAGACGUUAUUCUGGGCGAUUUUCGGGCUGUCGGAAGUGAAGUCUGUUGUCAUAAAUAAUGGACAUAAGUUCAUUGAAAACAUUGGCUAUGUCCUGUAUGGCGUUUACAAUGUCACCGUGGUCAUUGUGCUGCUAAACAUGCUCAUAGCCAUGAUAAAUAACUCCUUCCAGGAAAUUGAGGACGAUGCUGAUGUGGAGUGGAAGUUUGCCAGAGCUAAACUUUGGUUCUCCUACUUUGAGGAGGGCAGGACAUUGCCUGUCCCUUUCAACCUUGUCCCUAGCCCCAAAUCUGUGGUCAGCAUGGUAUCGUGGCUCAGAGACCUUGUGCUUCCUGUGCGUAGGCAAAGUGGGGACCAGAAGGUGGACAUGGAGCUGAAUGAGCUGGGACAAAGCAAGGAUUCAAGUGGAGGAAGUUCACCGUGUCCAAGUCGUUAUCAGAAGGUAAUGAAACGUUUAAUCAAGAGAUACAUCCUUAAGGCACAAACCGAUAAAGAAAGUGAUGAAGUGAAUGAAGGUGAGCUGAAGGAAAUCAAACAGGACAUUUCCAGUUUACGCUAUGAGCUCCUAGAGGACAAAUCCAACAAUAUGGAGGAACUUGCAGAGCUGAUUAGGAGACUGGGAGAGAAACUGUCCCUGGAGCCCAAGCACCAAUGA